GCCGCCACCCUCAGAGCAGAGCGGUUCGGGCCCCACUUCCUGCUUCCGGUGCCGGGCUAUAAGAGCCGCUUCCGGCGGGGCGAGCGGGGUUCGGCUGGUUUGUGGCGCUGCGCUUUACGGCACCAUGAACGCCCAUGGGCUCAGCACUGAAAAGGCCGCGGCCUUUACCCGGCGGCUGCGGGCUGAGCCGCAGUUCCUGCUGGCCCAGAACGUGGCGACCUGCAAUGACCCGCUGGAGGUGUGUCUGCAGCGGCAGGUGGUGCAGGACACCAUCCAGGUCUUCCAACAUGCGGUGCCUGCUGAGGGCAAACCCGUCACCAACCAGAAGAACUCCGGGAGAUGCUGGAUCUUUUCCUGCCUCAAUGCAAUGCGUCUUCCCUUCAUGAAGAAGUACAACAUUGAAGAGUUUGAGUUCAGCCAGUCGUAUCUCUUUUUCUGGGACAAGGUCGAACGUUGUUACUACUUUCUAAAUGCCUUUGUGGAAACAGCUCAGAAAAAGGAGCCCAUAGAUGGAAGGCUGGUGCAAUACCUGCUCUUAAACCCCACAAACGAUGGAGGCCAGUGGGAUAUGCUGGUUAAUAUUGUAGAAAAGUAUGGUGUUGUUCCCAAGAAGUACUUUCCUGAAUCUCAUACCACAGAGGCUACUAGAAGGAUGAAUGAGAUCUUGAAUCAUAAGAUGAGAGAGUACUGUUUGCGGCUGAGAAACAUGGUGGCAACUGGAACAAAUAAGGAGGAACUUUGUGCUGCGAUGGAUACUAUGAUAGAAGAGGUAUUCAGAAUAGUGAGUACCUGCCUGGGCAACCCCCCGGAGACCUUCUGCUGGGAGUUCCGGGAUAAGGAGAAGAGCUACCACAAAUUUGGUCCUAUGACACCGGUGCAGUUCUACAACGAGCACGUGAAGCCUCUCUUCAAUAUGGAGGACAAGGUUUGUCUAGUGAAUGAUCCUCGACCUCAGAACCCAUACGGCCAGCUGUACACAGUGGAGUACCUGGGCAACAUGGCAGGAGGGAGGAAGACUCUCUAUAACAACCAGCCUAUCGAUGUCUUGAAAAAAUUGGCUGCAACGUCUAUUAAGGAUGGAGAGGCUGUGUGGUUUGGCUGCGACGUUGCAAAGCACUUCUAUGGCAAACUGGGAAUCAACGACUUGAAUAUAUAUAACCAUGAGCUGGUGUUUGGUGUCUCUGUCAAGAACAUGAACAAGGCAGAGCGUUUGAUCUUUGGAGACUCCUUGAUGACCCACGCCAUGGUCCUGACAGCUGUCUCGGAGAAGGAUGGGCAAGAAGACUGCUUUGAAAAGUGGCGAGUGGAAAAUUCCUGGGGUGAAGAUCGUGGAAAUAAAGGUUACCUGAUCAUGACGGAUGACUGGUUCACUGAGUACGUGUAUGAAGUUGUGGUGGAUAAGAAGUAUGUGCCAGAAGAUGUCUUGGCAGUGAUGGAGCUAGAACCCAUUGUUUUGCCUGCAUGGGACCCCAUGGGGGCCUUAGCCAAGUGAACUACAGAAUAUUUGCCUCUUAACGGUCAACCAGAUUAGAUGCAAUAGAGAAUCCCAGUGGUUGGAAGCCAUAGCCAAAUGAUAAUGUGACCAAGCACUCAGCAUGGUCCGCAUCCUUGAAAAGUAAGUUAAGGAUCUUUGGGAAAUAGCGCUUUACUGACUUGGCUGAAUUAAAGCCCUCAGACAGGAUACUCUGCAAAACUAAAAAGGGAAAAGGGAAAAAAAAACAACCUCACAAUGAAAUAUAUUACAAGUGCUGUCAAUGGUGGUUUGGUUUUAUCAAUUUUAAAUUAAGAAACAGUCAGCUUAGUAAUAAAGUAGAACCGUUUUAACCAGUGUUUUCCUUAGAAAAGAUGACGGUAGAAGGCCAUUCCUUAGCAUGAACAGCUAAGUGUUGGAACAAACAUGUCAAGAUAUUUAUAAUUAACCAUUUGUGGUCUAUCUUAUACCACAAAAGAAUGCCCAAGGUAUUUUAUACUCUUUCAUUAUUAAUUCUCUUGAAGGAGGAAGUUUUCAAGGGUACACACUGCUGAAGCUGCGGAACCUUAGAGAAGAUUCACCUUAUUUACCCUUAGAAAACUUAUCUUCCAGCAGCACUGGGGGAAAAUAACCUGAGGUUUCCAGUUUCACUUGUUUUUAUUCUUCAGUUACCGAGGUAGGAUUGGAUAACCCACAUUGAGGCCCAUCAUGUCUGUGUGCACAGGAGCGCUAUUUUUCAGUUACAUUAGCAAGAACAACCAUAAAUGUUCCCGGAUGGAGUUAGUGUCAUGCUGAACAGGAAAAAAAAAAGAAGUUAAUUGCUGCAUUUUAUUUGGGUGUUUUCAAAAACGAGAUGGUGCUACGAAGCUUUUGAAUAAACAGUUUCUUAAGUGA